ACCUCUGUAAUGUCGUUUUAUGCAUUUAUUCAAAUGCUACCAAAACGUACAAAAGCCGGAAGAUUAUUUAUUCUGUUCCGGUUUCAUCACGAACUCCUCGGAGCUCACGGUCAGCCUUUUAAAGGGGGAAAGGAUGCUAGUCUCAGCUAGCUCCCUUAGCUAGCCUCCCAGCAUUGGAAGGAGGAUGAUGUUCAGUGUUUUGCAUGAAGCAGAGACGGAAGCUAACAGAGACAGAACAGAAACCCUCUGACAGCUCAGAUAUGUUCCGAAUUUAGAAAGCCAUGAUCAACACUGAAUCUGCAAGAGAAUUUCAAGCCAAAGAGCGCAAAUACAAGGAGCAGCUGAGGAGAUGUUUAUCAUCUGCUUUGUCUGCAGACCUCAACAGGCUGCUGCAGGAGGAACUGGAGGCAGAUGUUUCCCUCUAUGCGGGUUCAGGAUCGGUCCGAGCUCACAGGGCCGUGCUGCUGGCCAGAGCUCCACAUAUCCUCCAAGGACAGACCAAUAAAGAUCCAAUUAUCAUCCAUCUACCAGGUUACGAUCUGCCUGCUCUGAAGGAUUUCCUCAGGCAGGUGUACACAGCAGAGCAGAGCAUGCGGAUGGCUGAACCUGAAGCGGAUUCACCUCCUUACUGUCCCACUGACUCAGCGGCUGUGCUUCUGGAACCGGCCUCGGGUGUCGGUGCCGACCUGCUGCAUCUCUACAGAAGCAGAGAACAGUGUGACAUCACCAUCCAGGUGGCUGAGCAGGUCUUCUCCUGCCACAGGGCGAUCCUGUGCGCUCGAUCCCAGUACUUCCGCGCUAUGCUCAGUGGGAGCUGGAUGGAGAGCUCCAGACAAUGCAUCACUCUGCACGGCUUGGGACCAGAUGAGAUGGAGAUCUUGCUUCAGUUUAUGUACGGAGCUAUUAUGGAUUUGCCCAAAGGAGCCAACGCCAGUCAGGUGGUUUUGGCUGCAGACAUGCUGGGUUUGGAGGGGCUCAAAGACUUGGUGGAGAUGAUUCUGACCAGAGACUACUGCCGCUUCUUCCCCAAGCAGCCAGUUGACGGAGUUCAAAGAACAAUUCUUGAGUGCCUGUCCCUCACACACGCCUUAGGUCUCCAAAACCUUCACGUGCUCUGUAAAAGGUGGGUAGCGGAGCAUUUUGUGAAAGCCUGGUGUGAGAGGAACUUCUCCCUCCUGUCCCCCGAGCUCCAGCGCACCUGCAUAGCCGCCGUAACAGAAACCAUGACUGUGCGGAAUGCUGUGACGUUGCUGUGCGGCAUCGAGCAGCUGAUCGGCAGCCUCCCGGAGGUGAAGUGGGCUCAGCAUGUGAGGUGCAUGGCCAUAGAACUUCAGGAAGAGAGCCUGCGCUUCAUCGUCCAGCACCUCCCCAGGGUCAUCCACACUCAGGCCUUCCAGGACCUCCGCAGGGUAGCGCACCCCUUCCAUUCUUCUGCCUGUCUCCCCCUGAAUCCCCGGCAGCCGUUCAGGCAGGAGAUCUGCACGCUACGCGGGCGCCUCUGGACCUUCCUGCUUCAGACCUCUUAUGCGGUUCGCCACACGCAGGGAUGGGAGGCACUGUCACCCAAACACAAAGAGAGGAUACUAGCAGAAGCUAUUGAUAAAGGAGACAAUCGGAGGCUUGGUAAAAAGCCAGUAUUCACCAGCUCACAGUCAAAGGCUGUAAAAUGCCCCACAUCUCAGCCUGAGGGUUCUCCGGUUCACAGGACAAACAGCGCAGCAUCAGCCAUGAAAUCCGAUGGUCUGAGUGCAGCUAACAAACCAGGAGAAAGCCAGAACUCCAAAGCCAAGAACGGAAAGAAACCCGGAGACAGGAGCGUGGCAACUAAAGCAAAGGCGCCAUCAGCCGGCACACCGGUCGUCAACGGCAACGCAGCUGCUGGGGCAAAGCGAGAGGUGGCCUCUGCAAAUGGCCCCAGAAGCUCCUACGGCCCAAAAGAGCAGGAAAAGAAGCCAAACCCAGGUGCUAGGCCUAAAACUGCUCCACUUAGCUGCACAGGAGUAACAAAGGCACAGAGGAGCUCUGCAGGGAAGGCUGACCGGUCUGCCCAGGCACAUCCCACAUCUGCCACUACCUCGCCAGAAAACUGUGCCAGCAAUGUGCAGGACGACGGCCACUCCAUCCCAGGUGCAAAGCCCAAACAGGCCAAAGCAGUCAGCAGGUCCCCACUGACCAAACCUCCUCAGAGAUCUGAGACAGCCAAGACCAGCAGCCCAAUCAAUAAAUUAAGCUCAAAAGAUGCACCUAAAACAAAGAGUGGUCCAGCAGAAAAGUCUGCUGCAGCAGCAAAACCAGACACCAAGGGACGAGGCGCAUCGGAUGUGUCUAAGCCUGGAAGCCUCACAAAAAAACAAGCCUCCCCCAGGAAAGAAGAGGCGCUCAGACCUACAGGCGCCAAUAAAACCACCGGUGAUGCUAAAAAGAAGAAACCGAUUUCGGCGAACGGCGUCUCGGCUAAAUCUCAGGCCAGAACAGCCAAAGUCUCCUCAGCUGCCAAGUCUGGAUCGAAGCUGAGAAGCUCCACUGAACCAUCAGCUGAAAAAGCUUCACCAAAAGCCUCCAGAACGUCAGAGCGUAAACAAACGGAAGCAGUGAACGGUAAAAAAUCAGAGCUGAGUCAACCUGCUGGCCGUAGAGGCGAUGGCUCGCAGAACGAGCUGCAGAAGACUGAAGCCGGUCUCCAGGACGAUGCCAGCGUCACACCGACGCCCAACAACGUCCACCACGUCCACUUUGCUGAAGCAGACGAUUGCGAGCAGAUGGAGAAAAGCAAAAUGAAGCCUUUUCAAGGCGGGGAAAUCGCUGCUAACAUAAACGGAGGAGAAGAACACGAUUUCAGGCCGCAGAGUUCCACUAAAGAUGGCGAGCGCCUUGCCGGUACCCCGAGCAGCAUGGGGGGUACGGACACCCCCGUAGAGGACUCCUGGAGCGGAAUCCAUCAUCAGAUCAGCCCAGAGUCUGAGAGCACGCACACCACUUCCUCCGAUGACAUCAAGCCCCGCUCUGAGGACUACGACGCCGGAGGAUCGCAAGACGACGACUGCUCCAACGACAGAGGGGUGUCCAAGUGCCGCACCAUGCGCUGCCCCGACUUCCUGGGUCGCAGCAGUAGCGACACCAGCACCCCGGAGGAGCUGAAGAUGUAUGAAGGCGGGGCCGGGCUGAGGGUGGAGGUGCGUUUGCGCGGAAGAGAGACGGAGACCACCAGCGAGGAGGAGGGGCUUAGACAGCGUCCGCGCUCCUGGCUGCAAAGAGACGAGGUUCCAGAGGAGGAGAAGCGCGUUGAUGUCGGGCCCGAGAACGUUAGAAGCAUGCCGUGCUCCUCUGAUGAAGAGGAGGAUGAAGAGGAAACGGAAGAUGAGCAGUCAGAAGUUGAAGUGAUUCCAAGUGGCGGUCUGCCGCCAGCGACGGAUCCGUCUCCGCACUUCCAGGGCAUCGUUAACCUGGCUUUCGAUGACGACUGUCCGGACCAGGACAAUGAGCCGCCCGACUUCCAGGCGGGCGCCAACUUCCGCCGCUCAGUGCUGCUCUCCGUGGACGAGUGUGAGGAGCUGGGCUCGGAGGAAGGAGGUGUCCAGACGCCGCCUCAGCAAAAGGACGAAGCUCUGACCCCCUGCGACGUUUUCGAGUGCGACUCUUCCACACGCCCUGCGAGCGAGGCGCAGACCGCCCCGAAGCUCAACAGAGACGACGAAGACCAGCCUGUAUUCAUCACCGAGAUCCAGGAGCCGACCCAUGAAGAGAGCAAUCACAUCCUACCGGAUAAACCUCUGGACUCUGACAGCAGAGAGCCGGCUCCUCAGGAGCGGCCAUGCCACCUGGACCUGCGCCACACCGAACACUACAACGGAGGGAUCAACAAGGGCGCGGCCAAUCCCUCAGAGAGCAAGAAAGCUGAUUUACAUCUAGACUUAAAUGAACCUCAGCUGACAGGGGGCGCUGCUGUGCAAGCUGCACAAUCUCCAGCAGGGGACAAUGGUCUUGACAGACUGGAUCAAAGCUGCAAACAUGACCAGCGACCAUCCAAAGUCCUCUCUCCCAUUUAUGAGAUGGAUGUGGGAGAAGCGUUUGAGCGCUGCUCGGAUAAAGACAGGGAUGUUAAACGUCAAACGGACGAGGAGAAAGGCGGCGACUUUGCCGAGCGGGACUGGGGGUUACUCAGGCAGCUCCUGUCGGAGCACGAGUCCAACCUGGGCGUUAUAAACCCGGUGCCCGAGGAGCUCAACCUGGCUCAGUACCUCAUCAAGCAGACGCUGUCCUUGUCACGGGACUCCCUGGAUACGCAGGCUUUUCUGUCGCCAGAGAAGGAGAGUUUCAAACGGUGGGCGGAGCUUAUCUCCCCUUUGGAGGACUCCUCCACCAGCAUCACGGUGACCAGCUUCUCUCCAGAAGACGCUGCUUCCCCACAGGGAGAGUGGACCAUCGUGGAGCUGGAGACGCAUCACUGACACACUGGACAGCCAGCUGACCCCCCUCCCCUCCACCUGCUGGUUUAAGCUCAUAUGUUUACUGUGUCUUUAUUUAUUUGAUUUGUGACGCCAUGUCCUGACAUCAUUUCCUGGACUCUCUGGACUUUACUGCACUUUCAUUCACAUUCCUUUAAAAGACUUUUUGCUGACACAAGCGGGCCGGUAUGCAUGCAGAUAUUUUUGUAUAUUGGACUAUUUAUUUGUCGCAUCUUUGGAAAAACUAAAAGACAAAGACUGAAGACAGAAAUAGUGUCUUUUAUUUAAGGCAUUUUCUUUCUUUAUAGUCUUAUAUGGUUUAUUGAUGUUUCUUAAAGAAAAAUACUAUUAGCCUUUUGGCUUCUGUUAAGUGUAAAAUAAAGGUUUGUGUUUCUGGAACAAAAUGAAAGAUCCCAUCAUACCUUUAUUUUAUUUCUUUGAUAAAACAGACAUUUAGAUAAUGUGGGAAUCAUUGCUAUAAUGUGACUUGAUAGUUCGUACAACAUUCAUUUUAUUUAUAUAACCUUUAAAUGUUAAAAAUCAAUUUUAUAACAUCUUUAAGCUAUUUUUUUUUUGUAAAACAUUCUUUUAUAGUCACUUUGUCAUACCUAAGAACGUCAACAAACGGGUAAGGUUAUACACGGCGC